GAGCGGUGGUAUGACCCGUUGCUCUUUUUUUGUGGGUUGGGCUUCCUGGUCCAUGCACUUCUUCUGGCGAGUGGGUUGCAACUUAUGAUGUUUCACGUAGCGGUGGUUGGGCAUGUUGCUUGUGUCGUCGCUCAUUCCUUUGUCCAAAUAGACUGAAUCUUCUUCCUAUGGGCUCGUCUUGUGAUAAUGUAGCAACUUGUAGUUGACUUCCCCAUCAUUAGACCUCUUUUUUCUCACGAAAGCUCAUUAAUCUUUUGUUUAUAGCUCAUUUGGUCCUAUAGAGUUCUUCAAUGCUUGAUCCACUCAUCCUUAGGUUGCUUUGUACCUUCAAAAUCAUCAAAAAUACCCAGAAGGCAUCAAAGAGUACAAGAACAUUGCCUAGGUCUAUUAUAAGCUCAUUGAUCAAACGAUUUAGGCAAGAAAUAGCAUUGAAAUGACUAAAGAUGCAUUGAUAGAAGAGGAAAAUGCAACAAGAAUGGGAGUGAAAAAUACUAUAAAUAAAGUGUCAUCAAACAUCGAUGAAUAUUAUUAUGUGGAGAUACCUUGCGAAGGAGUAGUGGAUAUACCCUAAAAGCUCAGCGACGUGAGUUAGUGGAUUGAAUUCAAUAGAAUCUCAACAUGAUUUGAAUUCGACUCCGUCUACACCAUCAGUGUCACAACCUCUCUCGAUAAAUCAUUUUACCCCUAACAUUACGUAUGGAGAAAAUGAAUUUGACAUGAACUCUUUGAAAGCAUAUAUGGGCUUAACAUAACAACUAUUGUUAUUUUAUCCUACUAUUCAAGAUAUGAUUAGAAGGCACCAUCUUCAAAAGGAGUUCGCUUACCUGAUCAUGAUUUUCCAUCAAAAGAUAUUAGAUGAACAUCUCGGAGCUUUAAGCCUCCUGAGUACAAAAAAAUAGCAUUGAUUGGAACAUAAUAUUGGAAAGAUCAUAUUGCUUGUAUUGUUAUAUGUUUAGGACCAACGAUGACAAGAAUUGUAGAUGUAUUUUUUUUUAAUUUUAAGGGUUUUAAAGCUUGAAAAUUGGGAGACGAGGGUCUUGACUCUUGAGGAACAUGUUAGUCAUGUCAAAAGUGAGCAAAACAAGAAUGUGAGAAAAUCUGAGGACUUGUUGAAACAAUCACAUAAAAUUGGAGUUUCUUUAUGUAAACAGGCAAAUAAGCAAAUAUGGAUUAUAAAACUCGUUUGCAAGUUUAAAUUGGUUGAAUCAAGCAUUGUAUACGCCAAGGUCAUUCACUUUAUGGGCAUGAAAAAAAUAUCAUUUUCAAAUAUUAACGAUUUUACUGAACUUCUGAAAUAUCGUGCUCAUGGUAUAUAAGAAAGUGAAAUGUGUUGUGUUGAGAAAUGCUCCCAAAAACCUUCAAUUGAUUUCCCAAGACAUACAAAUGGAUAAUAUACAUGCAAUUUCCAUUAAAAUAACCAAGAAAAUCAUAUGUCAUCGAUGAUUAUGUUUUUUCCAUUUUGUGGAUGAGGCUCACGAUACGUCGAUAAAAAAUACAAUAGCUAUCAUGUUGCGCCAUGUAAAAGAAGAAUAUAUUUAGUUGAGAGAUUUCUUAGGAUAUCUUAUUGUUCGUAGGGAAAAUUUUCUAUAGAAAAUAAUAGGGAUAAAGGAUGAGAUUCUCUUCUUCAUAGUAUUGUUUCAUUUUGCUACUACAAAAUCUCUUUCAGUUAUCAAUGUGGAUGAUUUUAUACUUUCCUCUUGGAUUUAUCGCUUCCAACGGAAAAUAUUAUAGGUUGAUUUUGAUAUUUUGGAUGUGUAAUUAAUCAUGUUUUCACAAUUUUGUCAAUUACGCGAUAAAUCAGAUUUCAUUUGUGGCAUUAUCUUAAAGAAAUAGUCUUACAUUGGAAAUUUUCAGGUUGAACAAAAUGUGAAACAUGCACAAGAUAAAAAUGUAAGUAAGGCUAGUAAAGAGAUUAAGAAUGAGCAAAUUAAUUUUCUUAACUCUUAGUUUGUGAAUAAUCAUAAAACAAUUACGUGAAUUUAUGAUGUGACAAAUUAUGGGAAAAUUUCAAAGGCAUAUUGUACUAUGAGAUGGGUUUAAUUGAGACAAACAUGAUUCUUCAAAUAAACAUAUCAACAAGUUGUGAUCACUGUUUAAUGAGAUGAAUUGUAUAACAUUUGACCAAAUUUUUUUGAUUGUCUGCAUGGGAAACUAUUUGUUUAUGUUCAUAAAUUAUAAAUGUUAUAAAUUAUUAUAACUCAAUGCAUUUUUUAUUAGUAAUCUUUCGAAAUAUGGUUUUUUCUUUCUAUUUUUAUGUGUCAUCCAUCAAAUCUACUGGAAACACGCACAACUCUUUCAAGUUCUUGGAGCUUAAUUGUAUAACAUUUGGCCAAGUUUUUUUGACACUCUCCAUGAAAAAUUAGUUAUUUAUGUAUUUAAAUUAUUGAUGAACAUAUUAACAAGCUGUGAUGGUUGUUCAAUUAGCUCAGUUGUAUAACAUUUGGUCAAGUUUCAUUGAUUGCCUGCUCAAUAAACUUGUUUUUUAAUGUAUUCAACUUAUUGAUGAACAUAUCAAUAAGUUGUGAUGGCUAUUGAAUAACCCAAAUUGUGUACCAUUUGGCCAAGUUUCAGUAAUUGUCUGCAUGAAAAACUAGUUGUUUGUGUUCUUAAUUUAAUAAUAAACAUAUCAACAAGUUGUGAUAACUGUUCAAUGAGCUGAAUUGUAUAACAUUUGACCAAAUUUUUUUGAUUGCCUGCAUGAAAAACUAUUUGUUUAUGUUCAUAAAUUAUAAAUGUUAUAAAUUAUUAUAACUCAAUUCAUGUUUUAUUAGUAAUCUUUCGGAAUAUGGUUUUUUUUUCUAUUUUUAUGUAUCAUCCAUCAAAUCUACCGGAAACACGCACAACUCGUUCAAGUUUUUGGAGCUUAACAUGAGAUCAAAUAUUUUUUUAGGUUGGAGAAAGUACGAAACAGGCAAAAUCCUCACAAUUUUAUUAAAGUUCAACAAAAUAUUAAAUAAUUAAACCAGAAAAGUAAAAAAGUUAAAAUUGAGCAACCCAAUUUUCUUAAUACAAAAUUUCCCAAUAAUCAUAAAAUAAUUACAUGAAUUGAUGAGGUGACUAAUUCGGUGAUAUUCAAAGGUAUACUAUAUUCUGAAAUGAGUUCAACUGAUAUGGAAUAUAAGUUUUAAAAUUUGAAUUUGUGGAAUAUGAAUAAUGCAAAAUAAUUCUUUUGUUUUUGCAUAUUUUACACAUCAUAUGAUAAUCUUCUAAAAAUAAGUAACACGAACCCUCUUUGUUUAUAAGUGAUUCAUAUACUUUCGAACUACCAAGAAACAUUUUUUCUUUUUCUCGUAAAGUAAGUUUGAUUUUUUUUUUCUAUAUCAGCCUUCAAUAGCCCGAUUUCUUGGAUUUCCUACAUGAAAAAUUAUUCAAUAAUACAAGUAUUUAUUUAACCAUAAAUGUUAGCAAUUCAAACUCAAAUGAUGUGCUGUUGGUAAUCUUUCAUCAUCUAAUGUGUUAGCAAUUCUUUCUACUCUUUUGUGUCAUCCAUUGUAAUCCAAUGGAAAGACACUAAAAUCUCUCAAAUAUUUGAGCUAGGGUGGUAAAAUUUUUAAGAAUUUACAACUAAAUUUUCAUAACUCAUAAUUUUUGGAUUAGCAAAACACUUAUAUGAAUUGACGAGCUUAUCAAUUUUGGAAGAUAUUUAUAGACAUAUUGUAUUAUGAAAUGAGUUCAACUAAGAUAGAGGAUUAGUUUUGAAAUAUGGAUUUGUGGAGCAAGAAUAAUGCAAUAAAUUGUUUUGGUUUAGUAGAAAUUACACAUCACAUACACCACUGUAAGUAAUAGAGGUCAAUAUUCGUUUUAAAAUUGUUGAUAUACUUGCAAAUGUAAAUAAAUAUAUUGUUUCGUUGAUUAUUAACUUUGAAUUUGUUUUUGUAUGUCCAUACUGUGAUGGAUGUUUAACGGGGUAAUCAUAAAAUUUAUGGUUUUUUGUUUGACAUUAUUGUCAUCAUGGAUUAACCUUUUGUGCUUUGAAUGAACUUCAUAAUGGUAGAAUGAGUCGAAUGGAUUCCUACACUAUCAAUUAAAUAUUGUGGUUGUGAAAAAACUCAUUUUCAAAGUUAAACUUCUUGGUUGUGAGAGGUUUUUAUAAACAUAUCAACAAGCUGUGAUGGUUGUUCAAUAAACUGAAUUAUAUAACAUUUGGCUAGAUUUCUUUGAUUGGCUGCAUGAGAAACUAGUUUAUAUAUUUUCAAAUUAUUGAUGAACAUAUCAACAAGCCAUGAUGGCUGUUCAAUGAGCAGAAUUGUAUAACAUUUGGCCAAGUUUUUUUGACACUCUCCAUGAAAAAUUAGUUGUUUAUGUAUUUAAAUUAUUGAUGAACAUAUCAAGAAGCCAUGAUGGCUGUUCAAUGAGCAGAAUUGUAUAAUAUUUGGCCAAGUUUUUUUGACACUCUCCAUGAAAAAUUAGUUGUUUAUGUAUUUAAAUUAUUGAUGAACAUAUCAACAAGCCAUGAUGGCUGUUCAAUGAGCAGAAUUGUAUAACAUUUGGCCAAGUUUUUUUGACACUCUCCAUGAAAAAUUAGUUGUUUAUGUAUUUAAAUUAUUGAUGAACAUAUCAACAAGCUGUGAUGGUUGUUCAAUUAGCUCAGUUGUAUAACAUUUGGUCAAGUUUCUUUGAUUGCCUGCUCAAUAAACUUGUUUUUUAAUGUAUUCAACUUAUUGAUGAACAUAUCAAUAAGUUGUGAUGGCUAUUGAAUAACCCAAAUUGUAUACCAUUUGGCCAAGUUUUAGUAAUUGUCUGCAUGAAAAACUAGUUGUUUGUGUUCUUAAUUUAAUAAUAAACAUAUCAACAAGUUGUGAUAACUGUUCAAUGAGCUGAAUUGUAUAACAUUUGACCAAUUUUUUUUGAUUGCCUGCAUGAGAAACUAUUUGUUUAUGUUCAUAAAUUAUAAAUGUUAUAAAUUAUUAUAACUCAAUUCAUGUUUUAUUAGUAAUCUUUCGGAAUAUGGUUUUUUUUCUUUCUAUUUUUAUGUGUCAUCCAUCAAAUCUACUGGAAACACGCAUAACUCUUUCAAGUUUUUGGAGCUUAACAUGAGAUCAAAUAUUUUUUAGGUUGGACAAGUACGAAACGCGCAAAAUCCUCACAAUUUUAUUAAAGUUCAACAAAAUAUUAAAUAAUUAAAACAGAAAAGUAAAAAGGUUAAAAUUGAGCAACACAAUUUUCUUAAUACAAAAUUUCCCAAUAAUCAUAAAACAAUUACAGGAAUUGAUGAGGUGACUAAUUCGGUGAUAUUCAAAGGUAUACUAUAUUCUGAAAUGAGUUCAACUGAUAUGGAAUAUAAGUUUUAAAAUUUGAAUUUGUGGAAUAAGAAUAAUGCAAAAUAAUUCUUUUGUUUUUGUAUAUUUUACACAUCAUAUGAUAAUCUUCUAAAAAUAAGUAACGCGAACCCUCAUUGUUUAUAAGUGAUUCAUAUACUUUCGAACUACCAAGAAACAUUUUUUCUUCUUCUCGUAAAGUAAGUUUGAUUUUUUUUUCUAUGUUCAGCCUUUAAUAGCCCGAUUUCUUGGAUUUCCUACAUGAGAAAUUAUUCAAUAAUACAAGUAUUUAUUUAACCAUAAAAUUUAGCAAUUCAAACUCAAAUGAUGUACUGUUGGUAAUCUUUCAUCAUCUAAUUUGUGGUUUAUGCAUUUUUAUCUCAUUGAUUAUUAACUUAGAAUAUGAUUUUUUUCUUUCUACUCUUUUGUGUCAUCCAUUGUAAUCCAAUGAAAGACACUAAAAUCUCUCAAAUAUUUGAGCUAGGGUGGUAAAAUUUUUAAGAAUUUACAACUAGAUUUUCAUAACUCAUAAUUUUUGGAUUAGCAAAACACUUAUAUGAAUUGACGAGCUUAUCAAUUUUGGAAGAUAUUUAUAGACAUAUUGUAUUAUGAAAUGAGUUCAACUAAGAUAGAGGAUUAGUUUCGAAAUAUGGAUUUGUGGAGCAAGAAUAAUGCAAUAAUUUUUUUUGGUUUAGUAGAAAUUACACAUCACAUACACCACUGUAAGUAAUAGAGGUCAAUAUUUGUUUUAAAAUUGUUGAUAUACUUGUAAAAUGUAAAUAAAUAUAUUGUUUCGUUGAUUAUUAACUUUGAAUUUGUUUUUGUAUGUCCAUACUGUGAUGGAUGUUUAACGGCGUAACCAUAAAAUUUAUGUUUUUUUGUUUGACAUUAUUGUCAUCAUGGAUUAACCUUUUGUGCUUUGAAUGAACUUCAUAAUGGUAGAAUGAGUCGCAUGGAUUCCUACACUAUCAAUUAAAUAUUAUGAUUGUGAAAAAGUUCAUAUUCACAGUUGAACUGCUGAAUUAUGAGAAAUUUUGAUCAAUAGAUCAGCUGGUUGUGAUGCAUGUUCAACGAAACGUGUUGUAUAACUUUUGAUUAUAUAUUUUUUCACGACAACAAAUUUGGCCUAUUAGGACAAAAAAAUUAUUUUGUCAUUUUUUGUCUGUCGCAAUAAGUACGAUGAUAUGACAAAAAUAAUAUAUGUCCUAUUUUGUAUGCCUAAUGUGACAAAUAAAAUUUGUUUUCAGAAUAUGUCGUCAUUUAAAGUGAGUAAUCUGAUAAAUGUUUAGUGUCACAAUUAAUUUUGUCAAAAUAGGCAUCCCAUAUCGGGAUGUAAAAGACUCAACAGUGACAAAUUUCUUGUUGUCAGAAUAGUUCGUCAUUUGAAGUGAGUAAUGUGACAAAUAUUUCGUGUCACAAUUAAGUUUGUCAAAAUGGGCAUGCCAUAUCGGGAUGUAAGAGACACAAAAGUGACAAAUUAUAUCAUCAGAUUAGCUUUUGUCAUAUUAUGCCUUCCUGGAUUGUUUAAAUGACAAAGUAUUUUGUCAGAAUAGAUAGCAAUAAUCCCACGGCGAGCUUACAAAAGUGCAUGUUCGUCAUAAUAUAGUGGUCUCGGCUUUGACAAAAGACAUGUUCGUCAUAAUAUAGUGGAUUCGUUUUUGACAAAAAGGCAUUUUCGUCAAAUUUGCUUGUGCUAUAUUGAAACCUCGUUUUGGACUAAAACCCCGUUACCCUUGGGUGUUAUAUGACACCUAGAUUAGCGUCCCAUGAUUUUAUCUAUGGGCGGAAAAGGAAACUCAAAUUAUCGCUCUCCAUAAAAACUUUUGACAAUUGAAAAUUUUUAAGUGCCCAGUGGCGCAUCCUUUAAUUUUUGGAAUUAUAUAUAUAUAUAUCAGGCUAGCAUACACCUGUCGUACGCUAUACGCCUGUGUUCACACUAAAAAUAAUUAUGAUUAAACUAAUUAUUUUAAAAAUACAUAUUACAAUCACAUCCAUUAAUUUAUAUUUAUAUAUGUUGUGAUCCCAAAACAUAUAGAAAACAACAAACUACAAUUACAUCCAUUUAAUCAAAAGACCACUUAUUUCAUUUAAAAAAGACAGCCCACUUAUUUGCGUUCGCCAUAAGUACGACCCAAAAUCACGAACCCAUUAAAACCAACCAAAGCACACCGUAGUCAUCAUUACUGCUAUUUUUCGAUCUAAACCUCCCCUGCAGAUUUGUUGUGCAAGAAAAAAGAGCAGUGAUACCAAUUAACAGUUCAAACACAGAACACAAAACCAAAAACUUAAAAAUGAAACCAAUUCACUCUUACUAGAUUUUAAAACUGCAAAGUUGCUUGGAUGAUUCUAUUGGAUUUCCUUAUCCUAUACAUAAUACAGAGCAGGAACGUAACAACAAAAUAAUUGGAAAUUGAAAUGCAUAAUACAAACAGAAUGCACACUAUUUUGAGAAAUUUUACAAUGCUAUAUAGUAUUGGUGCUAUAGGGUUUUGCCUUUAUGGUACAACUUAAAAUUGUACAUUUACGUUAUGGUACAACUUCAGAUUGUACCUAUACUUUUUGUACAAAUUCUUUUAUGGUACAACUUGAACUUGUACCUUUAUGUGAUGGUACAACUUCAAGUUGUAAAGUUGUACCAUAACAUAAUUGUACAAAUAGCUUUAUGGUACAACCUAAACUUAUACAUUUAAUGUUAUGGUACAACUUUGAGUUGUACAUUAAAGCACCAAUACUAUAUAGCAUAGUAAAAGUGCUCCACUAUUUUAACACCGUUGAGAAAAUUUAGCAUCAAUGCUAAGUAUUCCAUGAUUGAAGGUUCUCAAUUAUUAAUGAGCUAGUCGAUUAGGGCUUCUUCUGCUUGCUUUCCUUCGCUUCGGUUGCUGGGCAUAAUAAUCUCUUCUUGCCUUGUCAUUUACCCAUCUGAACUUUAACUGUUGCAGUUGUAGACCUUAAUCAUUUUUUUGCAAUGUCCAUCAAGUUUUAUUUGGAGAUGGCGCCUAUUUGGAGAUGUGCAGUUAUACAGAUGCAAUUGUUCCAAGGAUUUCAAACAAGCAAGGUCCUCAAUCUCUCGCAUAUUUGGAGCAUCAGUGACGGAUAACAUUUUUAAUUGCUUCAACGACGCCAUCCUUGGAACAGUUGCAUUUGUAUAAUUGCUCAUCUUUGGAAAGACUUCCUACAGAUGAGCUAUCAGGUUUGAAGAAAUUGAGGAAGGUAGAGGUUGAAGGUUUCUCGCAGCGAUUGAUGGCAUUCAAAGGGGAUGCUAUGGUUUUCCUCCACUGUGCGACAUUCUUGAGCAAAGGCAAAGGAAUUGAGGAGGAGGAGGUAACGAGAAUAAAAAAAGAUUAGGAGUUAGCGGGCAAUGGAGGUAGAAGAAGAUCGCAAAAAAUCAGAGGAUAAUUAGCAGGGGCGAGGAGUGGGAUUGGGGUAAUUUGAUGGAAUGCUACAAAUAGUAAUUUGAUUGUUUAAGCUCGAGAUUGGGAGACUAAAAUGUACAAAACAUUAAUUAAUGGGUGUGGUCGAAAUUAUAAUUAUCAUUUGUAAUUAAUUCCACUAAACUCAUUUAAUUAUAAUAAAAAAUUGUUUAUAAGUGUGAACACAGGCGUACAGCGUACACCAGGUGUAUGCUAGCCUUUGCCAUAUAUAUAUAUAUGGUGCCUUCUACCGUACCCCGGGUGAAAUCCGGGGUACCGCAUACCUUGAGUAUGAAAACGCUAUCUAAACCUCGAAUUAGCAGGAUUUUUGGGCAUGAUACUAUAUCCUAACCCUUAAUGAGUGAACCCUAGAUUCUAAUUAUCUAAAUCAUAAACUAUAAACCCUAAGAUUGUGCAUUGAUAUUUUUGCCUAUAUUUGAACGAAUCAUAACCGUCGAUUAUUGUUUCUAAUUAAAUUGAUCUUGGGGUAUAAGAUUUAGAGAAUUAAGACCUAGAUUUUGAUUUUUAAGGGUUAGAGUGUAGUAUCAUGUCCGAAAGAUCAGUCAAUUCAAGUUCUGGAUAAUGUUUUCUUACUCAAGGUAUGCGGUACCCCGGAUUUCACCCUAGGUACUGUAGAACUCCCCAUAUAUAUAUAUAUAUAUAUAUAUAUAUAUAUAUGGUCGGAUGGUUUUAUUUUUCACUCCGCCGCCAAAACAUUCUCCUCCGUACGGUCGCCUCCUAGUCUCCUCCGCCGACAAAACCCUCCGUACCUACUCCCUCUCCUUCUCCCCGUCCAACCCUCCUUCCUCUCCACUCACCCACAUCCACGACUUAACCGGCCACUAGCAAUGCGUCUCCGAUAUCGCCUUCUCCUCCGACUCCCGCUUCCUCGUCUCCGCCUCCAAUGACAAAACCCUCCGCCUCUAGGACGUCACCAUGAGAUACUCCAUCACCUCCCUCACCGGCCACACAAAUUACAUCCUCUGCGCCAAUUUCAACCCUCAGAGCAACAUGAUCAUCUCUGGACAUGUCUCUUCGCCGCCUCAAACUAAACCUCUAGGUAUCCCACCACCGCCUUCACUCAUCACCAUUCUCGGUGCCCUCUCUCCUAUUGUUGAUGUGCCUCUUACCCUUAACUGGCUUUGAGAGGGUCCAAAUUUAUUACUUUAUGGUUUCUGCCUAAUAGAUCUAUGAUCUAACUCAGUUAGUUACCCUUAACUGGAUUUGAGACAAAGAGCUUACCGGUUGUGUCGCUCUUUGAAGCUCAACUUUUGUUCUCACGUAGCUUAUAUUGAUUGAUAUACCAGUUUAGCUAUGUGAUUGUCUGACUAAUUACAAGUUUCUUUUCCUAGCUAAUAAUUUCGUUUGAUAUAAAGGAAUCAGAGAAAGCUUGAAGCCAACUAGAGAUGAAGAUUACAAAGCAGAGAUUGUGGUACUGGUUGCUGCGAGAAUAGCUGGGGAGAUGAGGUUACUUACCAGUUUCCUUAAUUGGUUCAUUGUUAGAUAUGGCUUGCUAGUUGUAGAAUGUGUCUUAAUUGGUUCAUUAUUGCUGCCAAUGUCAGUUAUUGAUGACUAACUUCAUCCAACUGGCCAAAAUUUGUGUGUUAGAGAAUAUGCACAGGAAUUCUACUUAUUGCGCCUAAAUACAUAUAUGACCAUUCCUAUGCUCUUGGAUGCUUUAAUGUCCUAGGACUAUAUUUUCCUGAAAUGAGUAUGGUUUGUUAGCGGGUGACUGUCUUUAGACGAUUGGAUAAAGGUCUAUGUGACAUAUGAUCUUGUUGACUUUACCUUGGAGCAAUAGAUCCUUGACUUGCACUGCUCCACUCAGUUUGGCUUUCAUAAUUCUAGGUACUGAUGUAAAGGGAGAAGUUCUUUUUGUCUCUAAGACAUGCAUUGUCUUUCAUUGCUGUCGGAGAAGGUAUGGCUUGCAGUAGGGCUGCAAAUGAGCCAAGCCGCUCGCGAGCAACUCGGCGUUCGAAUCGGAAAAAACUCGUUCGACACUCGACUCGUUAUUUAACAAGCCGGCUCGCGAGCCAACUCGUUAGUUAACGAGCCAAGCCUGAGCUAGACCAUGCUCAGCUUGAUAAGCUCGCGAGCUAGCUUGAUUCGGUGGCUUGUCGAGCUAAGCUCGCGAGCUGCCUUGUUUUGAGCUUGUGGAAGGAUGAAUUACUCUUUUAAACAUGAACAUUGUCUUAUAAUACAGAUGUGUAUGAAAUUUAGAUAUUAUUUCUAGUUUCUAGUGUUCUUUCUAUCAUUUAAAUUCUUAUGUUUAUACAUUUUUCCAGCAAAAAUGAUUUAAAUCGAGCUCAUCUUGAGCCGAGCUUGUACUCAGCUUAACAAGCUAUGUUAAUGAGCAUUUAUCGAGCUCUACCGAGUCGAGCUCGAGCUAGAUUAUUUUUAUUCAAGCCGAGCUCGAGCUCGAGCUGGAUUAUCAAAAUUCGAGUUCGAGCCGAGCUCGAGCUGAAAAAUUAAUAAACGAGCCGAGCUCAAGCUAAGCAAAAACUCGACUCGACUCGGCUCGUUUGCAGCCCUAGCUUGCAGUACUCUACUCAUUUUGGCCUUUACUCUCUCUUGCACUUGAUAAAUGCUACAGCCACUUGAUAACUGCUUUUGCUGCACUUAUAUGAUUUCUAUAUAGUAGCUAGCUGGUUUACUUCAAUGCAAAUCUUUGCUCUGUUUAUUUCCGCUUUGGGUCUGUGAGCGUGCACUGCUUGUGGUGGCAACUUUGUAUGCCAAAUAAAUGGUCUUGAUAUGAUGCUUUAGAGGGGAGGUGCUGCUUUGUGGUAUUACAAAUCAUCAUAAGAAGCUUUGCACGUUGGUAAUCUACAAAGUGUUGCUUUACUUAUAUCUUGCAAAUUAUUGAUUUUGAUUGUUGGUAUUUCUAAUUUUGGAAAUGGGCAGUGUGUGAUUUAUGAUGGACUUGAAUCAAGGAACUGGUGAGUGCUUAUGGUGGUGAAUUAGUGGUCUUUGGUUAUGGCAAACUUCAUGGAAAUCAACUUGUAAUAAUGGUGUUUAGCUCUUGUAAGUUGUAUGUUGCUAUGGUUCUGAUUUUUGUUGAAAAGGGAAGGGUGGGUUUAGAUAUGAAUAUGCGUUUUGUUUGUGGGUUACUUUAAACAAAAUUGAGGUAUUCUAAAUUAUCUUUCUAAUUUGAGUGGAGAGUAUUCUUAUGAUGUGUUUUGCGUUUAGUUUUAAACAAAUGCCAGAAAUGAGUGAUUACUUGAUAUAGAUGACGAUGAUGAUGAAUGAUAGUGGUUGAUUACUAAAGGAGAAACAACUCCAAGCAGAAGUGGAGGCAACAAAAGUUGAAGUGGAGAGAAAGGCCAAGGAGUUUGAGGAGAAGAUACAAAGUCAGGAGGAGCAACUAAAAAGGUGGAAUGGUUUGUGUCGAGGUGAACAAGGUGGAAUGUUUUGUGUCAUGGUGGACAACUUAGAAUGUUUGAUUAUGAUGACAAGAAGUUAGACUACUAUGGAAAUGGUUGUAAUAUUUUGGAUCUUUGGUAAUAUUACCAUUAUUCGCUUGCAAUGCAGUAAACAUUUUCGAAUUAUGAAAUUUUUGAAGCAGGUCAAUUGUGACACCUUUCCUGACAACCUAUACUCGUUAUAAUAUGCAGUUAUGACAAAAUAUAUUCGUUAUAAUAUUUAUUUAUGACAAAAUAAUGUUGUCACAAUAAACACUUGUGACCAAAUGUUGUCGUCACAAUAUACAGUUAUGACAAAAUAUAACUGUGUAAUAUGACGAACAAUUCUCCCAAAAUCACCAGAUUAUGACAACCGUAAUGGCAAAAUAUGUCGUCAUAACAUCUCUGUUUGUCGCAAUAGACUACCCAAAACUUCAGCUAUACUGAAAGCAAAUGUGACAACCUAGUUUUAAAUUUUUGUCAUAUUUGACCUAUCCUGAUGGCGAUAAAAUAACAAACGUUUGUGACAACACCUUUUGUCAUAGUAUACCUAAUAUGACAAAAUAGGUAUCUAAUAUGAAAAAAUUGUCUCGUCAUAAUAGGCCGAAUUUAUUGUAGUGUUUAUGAAAUACAUGAAAAAUUAGUUGAGAGUGAAAAUUAUAUCAUUGAGUUAUAAUGUUAUUAAUUAAAAUCAACUCAUUAAUCAACCCACUCAAGUUUUUACUCUUCUGUGUCAUCCAUUGUAUUCAACCCUAUCAAGUUUCUUGGAAAUUACUAGAAGAUCAAAUAUUCUAGAUAUGGCGGUAAAGUUUUUAAGAAUUAGCAAUCUCAUAACUCAUAAUUUUUGGAUGAUAAUAAAAUACUUAUACGAAUUGAUGAGCUGACCAAUUCUUGGGGAUGUUUAAAGGCAUAUUGUAUUAUGGAUUGAGUUCAACUAAGAUGAAUAAUGAGUUUUGAAAUACGGAUUUGUGUACUUAAAAUAAUGCAAUAAUAUUAUUUAUGUUUAUAUAGAUUAUAAAUCACAUAUACGAUUUUCUACAGUAAGUAAUAUCAUCUUUGUUUCAAAAUUGUUGAUAUACUUGCAAAAUGUCAAAAAACAUAUUGUCACAUUGAUUAUUAACUCAGUCCUUUUGUGUAUGUCUAAGCUACAAUGGUUAUUUAAUUGGCGUAAUCAUCGACUUAUAUGCCUUUUCCUAAUUUUUAUUUAAUAAUAUUAAAGUUUUUAUAGUCAUUGAGCUAUAAAGGUUAGUAGGUGAAAUCAACUAAUGUACUGCUGUCUGCUGAUAAUCUUAAAACAUAUUAUAUUUCAUUCUUGUUUUUUUUGCAUCCACCAUGGGUUUCAUUAUCGAGAUAUGCUAGAGAUACCACAAGUGAUACUAUUUGUCUUUUUUUUUUGUUUCUAGAUUGCCACUUCUGUACUACUCAAUACUGUACGGUUGAGAUAGUUCGUGUUUAAGUAGUAUUGUUUUUUUUCUUGUAAUGUUAGGAUGAGUAUUUGUAUGAUGGUUCACCAUUAUUAUUAUUAUUAUUAUUAUUAUUAUUAUUAUUAUUAUUAUUAUUAUUAUUAUUAUUAUUAUUAUUAUGGUGGGGUACUUAAUUUUGCAAUGAUUUUAUCAUGUAUUAAUCUAAUAUAUCAUUGACAGAUAAUAUCGUAUCAUUGAAUUCUUUUGAGAAUAUGGUUUUGGAUCCAUUAGCAAAAAAAUUCACACUUGUUUAUAAAUCAUUUGAAUUUUAGACUAUCAUUACUGGGAUUCUUCUGGCAAAAUAUAAAAAAGAAUGUAAUAGAAAAUAAUGGAAAAUGUGUUACAUUUACCGUAUUAUUGAAGGAUGCGAUUGAUUGGUAUGGUGUCUGAAAGUACUAUAACAAUAAUAGUCUAAAAGCUUUGUCUACCUCCAGCAAUUCAGUGUGCUAUAAGUGUAUUAUUCUCAAACUAGCAGGAUGUCUAACAUUACAGCCUGUACACAAACUAAACACCUAUAAUGAUAUAAAAAAAUUCAACAAACUACAUGUUUACUAGUCCCUCUCCACCAAGAAUUUAUCAUCAAAAGAUAAAAAAAAUCAAAAGUCCAAGAAAGGCACCGAAGCAAAUGUGUAAGGAGAAACACUUCAGUACUAGCUUUUUAGCUAAUAUGUAGGCUAACCUCACCAAACUAUGCGAACUCCUCAAUUCAUCUAGAUAUCAAAAGACUUCCUAGAGAACUGGUCCUUCCCAUGGUGUGAAACAUAUCAAAUAUGAGAAGAUUAACAUAGAAAUCAGAAAGCAUUUGCCUAAUAGCAUAAACAGUGCAAAUCAACCCCUCUUGGGCGAAAAAAAUACGAUUGGCAAAUCAUGAUCAUUUUGGCAAACACAUUUUAAAGACAGUUCAUUCUAAUAAUUUCUUGAACAUGAGAAUGUUAAUUUCCAGAUGUAUUGCUCUAGGCUUAAAGUGAUUUGUUGAGAGAGGUUACGGUACUGAUGGCGUAGAUGAAGUGGAAUUAGAAUUAUGUCCAGGUUUUAUUAAAUUUAAUCUGCUAACUUCACCCUUGAGCAUUCUACUUUAUGUAAGACUUCUUUAUAAAAUAUCUCUCUAUAAUAUCAAUAUGCUCUAUUAACCUUCUAACUUAUCAAUAGAGAAACCAAACAUUAAACCAAAUAGUUGUUCUUUGAUUGCUUUAUGUUGCUUGCUCUCUCCGAAAUUCUGGAGAAAUUGGAUUUCUAUCAAUUUUACAAUUCUCAAUUUUAGCUCCACUAAACAAAAACAAAAAACAAAAAAUCCAACCCUUCGAAAGUUGAAUAAGAAGAGAUUAGGAACCAAUAAAUUCCACCCCUCUCA